AUGGCCAACGUAAGACAUAGAGAUAGCAGAUCGUCAACUUCUUCCGACAUCGGACUUCACAUGUCGUUUGAAGUCUCAUCUUGUGACGAUAGCGAUGGUGAAGACCUGCAGGACAUUGUUCCUUACCAGUUUGAACCUGAGGCUUCUGAAUCGAAUGAAAGCGAGCAAGAUUCCUCGCUUGGGGGAAGCGACGAAGAUCAGCCGAGACUGGAGAACACCGAUUGGUGUACUUGUGGAUACUGUGUACUAAUGCCUACACAGAGGGAGAGCAUCUGCUGUUGUGAAAUUGACAGAGUCAACAGCAAAAAGGAUUCAUCCGACCGAAAGCUUUACUGCAUCACUCAGCAUCCUGGAUUCUCAUCGAUAAGAGCUGCAUUUCCAUCUGAGGACUAUGAGGGUUUCAGGGACCCACCAUAA